UGGAGUUCGGAGAUCCCCAACCACAUCCCGUGACAAUGACAGCGGAUGAGCUGGUUUUCUUUGUGAAUGGCAAAAAGGUGGUGGAGAAGAAUGCAGAUCCAGAAACAACCCUUUUGGCCUUCUUGAGAAGAAAAUUGGGGCUGAGCGGGACCAAGCUGGGCUGUGGAGAAGGGGGCUGCGGGGCUUGCACGGUGAUGCUUUCCAAGUAUGAUCAUUUCCAGAACAAGAUCCUCCACUUUUCUGCCAAUGCCUGCCUGGCCCCCAUCUGCUCUUUGCAUCAUGUCGCCGUGACCACCGUGGAAGGAAUAGGAAGCACCAAGUCCAGGCUGCAUCCAGUGCAGGAGAGAAUUGCCAAAAGCCAUGGUUCCCAGUGCGGGUUCUGCACCCCUGGCAUCGUCAUGAGCAUGUACACACUGCUCCGGAACCAGCCUGAGCCCACUAUGGAGGAGAUAGAGGACGCCUUCCAAGGAAACCUGUGUCGCUGCACAGGCUACAGGCCCAUCCUCCAGGGGUUCCGGACCUUCGCCAGGGAUGGUGGGUGCUGUGGAGGGAGUGGGGAAAACCUAAACUGCUGCCUGAACCAGAAGGAAGACCACACGGUCACUCUCUCGCCAUCUUUAUUCAACCCGGAGGAGUUCAUGCCCCUGGAUCCCACCCAGGAGCCCAUCUUCCCCCCAGAGUUGCUGUCUGUUGGAGGGAACAUCAUCACCGCCAGCCCCAUCUCUGACCUCAACCCCGUGUUCAUGGCCAGUGGGGCCAAGCUGACCAUUGUGUCCACAGGCACCAGGAGGACGGUUCGGAUGGAUCACACCUUCUUCCCUGCUUACAGAAAGACCCUGCUGGCUCCCGAGGAGAUACUGCUUUCCAUUGAGAUCCCCUACAGCAGGGAGGGUGAAUACUUCUCAGCAUUUAAGCAGACCUCUCGGAGAGAUGACAUUGCUAAGGUGACCAGCGGCAUGAGGGUCCUGUUCAACCCGGGAACCGUGCAGGUGAAGGAGCUGGCCCUUUGCUACGGCGGAAUGGCUGACAGAACCAUCUCGGCUCUCAAGACCACGCAGAGGCAGAUCUCACACUUCUGGAAUGAGGGAUUGCUGCAAGAUGUGUGUGCUGGCCUGGCGGAGGAGCUGUCCCUGGCCCCCGAUGCCCCUGGAGGCAUGGUGGAGUUCCGGCGUACCCUGACCCUCAGCUUCUUCUUCAAGUUCUACCUGACGGUGCUUCAGAAACUGGGCAAAGAGAACUCAGAAGAUCAGUGUGGCAAGCUGGACCCCACCCAUGCCAGUGCCACCCUACUCUUUCAGAAAGACCCUCCAGCCAACGUCCAGCUCUUCCAAGAGGUGCCCAAGGGUCAGUCUGAAGAGGACAUGGUGGGUCGGUCCCUGCCCCACCUGGCCGCGGCCAUGCAGGCAUCUGGGGAGGCCGUGUACUGUGACGACAUCCCUCGCUACGAGAAUGAGCUAUCGCUCCGGCUGGUCACCAGCACCCAAGCCCACGCCAAGAUCAAAUCCAUAGAUACUUCAGAAGCCCAGAAGGUGCCAGGGUUUGUCUGCUUUAUCUCUGCGGAUGAUGUUCCUGGGAGUAAUAUAACUGGAAUUUGUAAUGAUGAAAUGGUCUUUGCAAAGGAUGAGGUGACUUGUGUUGGACACAUCAUUGGUGCUGUGGUCACUGACACCCGAGAACAUGCACAAAGAGCCGCUCAAGCAGUGAAAAUCACCUAUGAAGAUCUUCCAGCCAUUAUCACAAUUGAGGAUGCUAUAAAAAGUAACUCCUUUUAUGAGCCUGAGCUGAAGAUCGAGAAAGGAAACCUCACAAACGGGUUUUCGGAAGCAGACAACAUUGUUUCAGGUGAGUUGCACAUCGGUGGCCAAGAGCACUUCUACCUGGAGACUGUUGGCUUCAUGAAGACCGGGAGGGUUGUGGCUCUGCAGGUGGAGCACUACAGCAAUGCGGGGAACAGCAUGGAUCUCUCCCAGCAUGGAGGAGCCCUGAUUCAUGUGUAUACAGAUGGGUCUGUGCUGCUGACCCAUGGAGGCACUGAGAUGGGCCAAGGCCUUCACACCAAGAUGGUCCAGUCACAGGAAGCUUGUCAGACCAUCCUGAAAAGACUGGAGCCCUUCAAGAAGAAGAAUCCUAGUGGCUCCUGGGAAGACUGGGUCAUGGCUGCCUACCUGGAUGCAGUGAGCUUGUCUGCUACUGGGUUUUAUAAAACACCCAACCUUGGCUACAGCUUUGAGACGAACUCGGGGAAUGCCUUCCACUACUUCAGCUAUGGGGUGGCUUGUUCCGAAGUGGAAAUUGACUGCUUAACGGGGGAUCAUAAAGUAAGAAGUGCAUCUGUCCUUGGGGAGGGGGAGGCAGAGUGGCCAUAGUCUCUGACUGCCCUGCAGGUAGAAGGGGCUUUUGUCCAGGGCCUUGGCCUCUUUACCCUGGAGGAGCUGCACUACUCCCCCGAGGGAAGCCUGCACACCCGUGGCCCCAGCACCUACAAGAUCCCUGCGUUCGGCAGCAUCCCCAGCGUGUUCAGGGUGUCCCUGCUCCGUGACUGCCCCAACAAGAAGGCCAUCUAUGCGUCCAAGGCCGUCGGCGAGCCACCUCUCUUCCUGGCAGCCUCCAUCUUCUUUGCCAUCAAGGAUGCCAUCCAUGCAGCUCGAGCUGGGAACAUGGAUCAUAAGAUGAAGAAGCUUUUCCAGCUAGACAGCCCCGCCACCCAGGAGAAGAUCCGCAAUGCCUGCGUGGACAAGUUCACCAGGCUGUGCAUCAUCGGCACUGCAGAAAACUGAAAACCUUGGUCUGUGUGGGUCUGAAGAGACAGUCCCCAGCAGAGUCCACUGAUGCCACGCUGGACCUUCCAUGGAGCAUGAAACAGGCCUGCAGAGCUGGAUCUACCCACAUUGUGGCACAACAACGCUGUGAUUCAUCAGGAUGGUGUUUGGAGGAAUGCGGAAAGCAUUGGAAGACUUUGUGUUGUUUUCAUUGGAAGAUUUUGAUCAAAAAUAUGAUUUGCAAACAUAAUGAUAAGCAAGUUCAGAACUUUUAGGGCCACGUGGCUAAUAUGCACUUAGAGUCUUUUUAUGUCUGCUGUAAUCAUGUGUGUACAAUAGGUGUAUGUGCUCUGUCCCAACUCACAGGCCAGGCUGUGUAACCUCAGGUGCUGAUAGUGUCUGUCCUUCACAGAGGAUGCCCCCAAACUUGCAGAGGCUUCCAUUCUCAAUUGGAAAGCCUUUCCUUUAAACCAAUGAACAUCAUGUUAUAACCACAGGCCCAUAGUCAAAUUUGCAGUGGGACAGUGGGGCGAGAUUCAAAUCUCUGUCUACCUUUGGGUCAUUGAAGAGAAUAGCAAUGACACUAACUCAAAGUUAAUCUAAUCUUGGUAAGUGGCAGAAAGGAAAUUAUUCUAUUCCUUCAAAAGCCAACCAACCCAAUUAUUGUGCACCUACAAUGUGGUAGGUUUCUUUCUCUUCCCAUUUGUACAAUAAAAGAAAUCAGGUUUAAAAAUCUUCA